AUGAGUGGAGAUGUUCAUCAGAAAAAAAGUUGUCGAUGUAUUCUCGAUCCGUUACAUAGAAGUGUUAUGGAUAAAAUCGUCAAAAACCAGAGCUUCUACACAGAUCUGAAAAUGGGAUUAAGUUAUUUAGAUGAGGAAUUUCACCUGAAAUUUUUCUCUGAGAAUGCUAAUGCUGUCUUUGUUCGAAUUUACAACGAAAAAGUUGAGCAAGAAUUUCCUCUUGAACACCAUCAUCCUUACUGGACUAUUUCUUUGAAAAAUAUCCCAGAAAACUCGGAAUACCUUAUGCGAUGCGAAGGCCCCUACGAAAUUCAAAAUGGACAUCGAUUUUCCCCUAAGACCCUUUUUUUAGAUCCUUAUGCAAAAGAACUGAACGCCUAUACAAAGAGAGCCCUUUUUAAAGAACCCGAUAGUUUCGAUUGGGAACAAAUCUCUAAGCCACUUCAUCCAAAAAAUUCGCUUAUUAUCUAUGAGGCUCACUUAAGAGGUUUGACUAUGAAAAGUUCACUAGCCAAACAGGACUGCGGGACAUUUAAAGGAUUGAUUUAUCAUAUAGAUCACUUGAUUGAACUCGGAAUCAACGCAAUAGAAUUACAGCCUAUUUUCUAUUUUGAUAUGGAAGAAGUUAAAAAUACUCAUCCAGAAACUCAAGAAACCCUAAAAAAUUACUGGGGAUAUAAUUCCAGAAGUUUUUUCACGUUAACCCCUACCUACGGGACACUUAACGACUUUAAAAAUCUUGUAAAAGAGUGCCAUAAGCGAAGAAUAGAAGUCAUUUUAGAUGUCGUCUACAACCACUCACCAGGACUCAUGCCCGCAGAUAAUUCAGCCUACUAUAUCGUAGAACCCUACGGCGCCUAUGCGAAUUAUACUGGUUGUGGCAACACUAUUUCAUGCAAUCAUCCAGAAACUGCUCAGCUGAUUUUAGACUCUUUAGAAUAUUUUUCUAACGAGUGCCAAGUGGAUGGUUUUCGAUUUGACCUAGCCUCAAUCUUGACAAGAGGAGAAGAUGGUUCGGUUUUGGAAGACCCUUUAGUUCUGAAAAAAAUUCGUGAAUCUAAAGAAUUAUCCACGUGCAAACUUAUCGCUGAAGCAUGGGAUGCUGCAGGGUUAUAUCAAUUAGGCCAAUUCAAAAAAUGGGGGGCUUGGUCGGAAUGGAAUGGGCAAUUUCGCGAUCAUAUACGUUCAUUUAUAAAAGGAGAUCGCGGAUUAUCAGAAGCGUUUGAAGAAAGCUUUAAUGGAUCAACUAACUUGUACGAUCAUCAAGAUCAAUCGAUCAACUUUAUCACUUCUCACGAUGGUUUUACCUUAAUGGACUUAGUUUGUUUCAAUGAAAAACAUAAUGAAGCAAAUGGAGAAUCGAAUCGAGAUG